AUGUUUGCAAUAAAUCGAACUUGUUUUGUGAUUAGCCGAUCAACGCCAACUGUUGCGGCGCAGUUGGGCGUUUUAUCUUCCACAAAUGCGUCAACUUCCAAACAAAAUGUGGCAAAAGGUGUGUUUUUCUAGAGGAAUGAAAUUACAUUUCUGUUGGAAAUUUUCAGCACAAUCGAGGAUUAUUCACACUAGUAUACCGGCUUUGAAAGAAGAUUACUACAAAACUUUGGGUGUUGGAAAAGACGCGGACUCGAAAUCCAUCAAGAAAGCUUAUUUUCAGGUUUUCAAAAAAAGUGUUUAUUUGAAGUAAAGUGAAAGUUUCCAGCUUGCUAAAAAGUACCAUCCGGACGUGAAUAAAACGAAAGAAGCUCAGGAAAAGUUUCAAGAGAUUUCUGAAGCUUAUGAGGUUUGUGAAACGAUUUUUUUGCGGGAAAAAAGUUAAACUUUAGGUUUUGAGUGAUGAUACUAAAAGACAACAGUAUGACGCUUAUGGGACAGCUGGGACCGAAUGCUGCAGGUUUUUUUAAUUUAUAAAAAAAUGAAAGAGACAUAAAUUGCGUUUAAGGAGGACCUGGAGGCGGCGCCGGAGGUUUCAACUUCCAUGGAAAUGUCGAUGUUAAUGAGAUUUUCCGGAGAGCUUUUGGCGGCGGUGGACCGGUUUGUUGAUUAUUUUGAAAGUAGGGUCAAACUUUUAAAAAGUAUUAAAAACUUUGAAAACUGAAUCUAAAAAUAUGAGGGAGGUUUCAAUUGGGACAAUUUCGCCGACAGUUCCUAUGGCCAUGCGGCCGCCCAGGAAAUGAUCAUGGAUAUUUCUUUUGAAGACGCCGUCAGAGGUUUUUUCGAAGCUGAUUUCAUGGAUAACCAUGGAAAAAGAGUUUCAGGAGCCACGAAAAAUGUCUACGUAAAUGUUGUUGAAGAUUGCAUGACGUGCCAUGGAACUCAAGUUCAGCCGGGAUAUAAAAAGGUUUCAAAAUUUAUUUUGAAUGAUACUAGACCACAGUUAGAAAGAAAAUCGAUACAAUUCUUCUUUAAAUAUUUUUUUACCCAAUUUUCUGUUCAUUUUUGUGUUUAAAUUUGCGAAGCCUUUCAAAAGGAAGGGUUAUUUUUUUUUCCUCAAAAGUUCUGAGAAGAUUUUUUUAGAUGAUAUUUCGUCCUUUUGGUGUUUUAUCAGUUCAACAUAGUUAUUUUUAUACAGGCUGAUCUAUUUCGAUUCGAAUUUUUUUCGUGCGUCAAAUUCUCUUUUUACCUUAAUUUUCCCUUGUUCUCAGUUCCUUCUUUUCAAUUCCUUCAUUUUUCGUUCGUAUUUAAAGUUGCUCUUUUAGUUUUUCAACGGACUAUUUUAUCUAAUUUGAAGUUUCUCAUCGAAUCCUUGACAUUUUCCAGACAACUUGCCCAUAUUGCAACGGUACGGGAGCCGUUAGUCAACGACUCCAAGGAGGAUUUUUCUAUUCGGCCUCUUGUCAAAGGUGUCGGGGGACUGGUCAUUAUAACAAGGUAGGAAAAUUCUCUGUUUAGUGGCCACUUCAGUAGUUUUCCAUCCAAUAUUCUCCCAGUAAAUAAUUUUAAAACAAACAGGUUACCAGUUAUGUUGAUCCAUUGACCCCUAAAGUGGCCACUAAAAUUUUUUAGUGGUCUAGUAGUAGCACUUAGACCUCUAUAGUGGCCACUAAAUUCAACCCCUUAAGUGGCCACUAAUUUGACUACUAUAGUGGCCACUAAAAAAAUUUUACCAGUGUCAGAAAAAUUUAGUCAAAAAGUUUAUACUUUCAAUUUUUUUACAGAACCCUUGCCAGGAAUGCGAAGGACAAGGCCAAACAGUUCAAAGACGACAAGUUUCUUUCAAUGUCCCAGCUGGAACGAACAACGGCGACAGCUUGAAGUUCCAAGUUGGAAAGGUGUGUAAGCUAAAAUGAAAUAGAAAGAUGAGCAGAAAAAAAAAUUGGUUUUUCUUGGAUUUUUUGAUAUAUUUUUGAACUGCGCCUUUCGCUGGUGAAAAAAAUUAUUUAUUCUUUAAAAUUAUCAAAAAAAUAUAUCCAAAAAUGCGUACUCGAAAAAGUGAAAAAUAAUUUGAGAAGGUUCAAUAGUUUUUUUAUUAUUUUUGAGCCAUUUUUAAGAAUUUUUUUCUGAUAUUCAGAACCAUUUUUUUAGCUGCUCGGAGAUGUUGUUAUAUAGUAAAGGUGCGGAUUUAUUGAGACUCAAAGAAGAUUUUUAGAAUCAAGUGUACGUCCGGUUCAAUGUCGCUCCGUCGCUAAAGUUCCGAAGAGAGAAGGACGAUAUUCACUGCGACGUCGAGAUUUCCCUGGCCCAGGCGGUCCUCGGAGGAACUGUCAAAGUGCCCGGAAUCAAUGAGGACACUUAUAUCCAAAUCCCUGCCGGCACUUCUAGCCACACUAAAAUGAGGUGUGUCUAG